AUGAUCAACAAGUUCUUCCUCCGCGGCCUCGGCUUCUUCAACGACGCGUACGACCUCUCGGUGGUCAAUAUUGUCAACAUUAUCCUCAAGCACCAAUACAAGGACGAGUACACGGCCGAUAUGAAGUCGAAUGUCUCGACCGCCGCGCUCAUCGGCGCCGUCCUCGGCCAGCUCGCGUUCGGCUUCCUCGGCGACAUGUAUGGCCGCAAGAACUGCAUGAUUGCGACCUGCGCCAUCUUGAUCAUCGGUGGCAUCCUCACGGCCGCGGCGUACGGCGGCUCGGACCAUGGCACGCUCUGGUUCCUCGUCAUUGCGCGCGGUGUCCUCGGUUUCGGUAUCGGCGGCGAGUACCCGCUGGCCGCGUCGUCGUCGUCGGAAGAUGCCACGUCGCCCGCCGACCGCAACCGCCGCGUAUCGCUGACGUUCUCGCUGCAAGGUGUCGGCUUCCUCGUCGCUGGUGUGCUUGGCUUGAUCAUGGUCAACGCGUUGGACGAGACGACGCAGAACCUCGAGAUCAUGUGGCGCGUGCUCUUUGGCUUUGGCGUCCUCCCGGCCUUGUUUCUUGUCUACUACCGCAUCACGGCCGAAGAGACGCACGUGUACAAGACGAUGCUCGCAGACGAGGUGCACAUGAAGAAGAUCCGCUGGUCGUUCAUCUUCCGCCACUACUGGAAGAGCCUCCUCGGCACGGCCGGCACGUGGUUUCUCUUCGACAUUGUGUUUUACGCCCAGAACCUCUUCACGGCCUCGAUUCUGACGGUCGUCGGUGCUGAGAGCACCCUUCGCACCACUGCGCUCCAGAACGUUCUGAUCUCGCUCGUGGCGCUGCCCGGGUACUACGUCGCGUGCUUCUUCAUCAACAAGAUGGGCCGCAAGCGCAUCAUGCUCCAGGGCUGCGCGGUCAUGACGGUCAUGUACCCGACGGCCAUCCGCAGCUCGUGCCACGGCUUCUCGGCGGCCAUGGGCAAGGCCGGCGCGUCCAUCGGCUCGUACGGCUUCUCGCUCUGGGUCGACAACCCGAGCUUUGGCUACGUCGGCACGUGGUUUACGUUUGCCGGCAUCUCGGUGCUCACGAUCGUCCUCACGGUCUUUUGCAUGUUUGACAACAACGACGAGGCGAGCGUCAUGGACAACGACUUCAAGGCCAAGCUCGCAAUGGAAGACGACGACGUGCGCAAGUCGUUUGUGAGCCAGAUGGAAGAGCCGAUCAACGCUGACGCCAUCGGCACCAAGGCGUAG